CGUUUGAAACAGACAGUUUUUCUCUCUGGCAGGAAUGGGUUCCAGUGACAAAGGACAGUGCCGUAAUGUAGACAUCUCAGAAUUUCUGCCGAGAGUACGAUUCAAAGAAUAGCGUCCCUUCUGUUCAAUGACAACGUUUCCAUUACGCUCACUUACGACGUUUCAAUUUUAAGUUGACAGUGCUGUUGCACGCUUUAUAGCCUACAUGGGGUUACAAUUUAUGCGAGAGAAUUACAAUCAAUAUUUAAAUAAUCCAGCUGAUUAUGUCGGGCUCGUUGCCGCGUAGCUUUUCUCCGUAAUUGGAAACUGAAAACGUGCAGAACGUAGGCCACUCAACCGCAGGACAGAGGACAUGAAAUGUAUAUAUUUCACCAUGGUCGCGCGGGUCCAGCUCGUGCAGACCGCGUAGCGUAGCAGCGCGUGUCACGUGUCGCCCGAUGUUUCAGGAAUUCUUGAUAGCUACGUCACAUGAUAGUGUGUUUCUCCGUCGCAUCGGUUUUCAUCUCUUCCUCUCUAGUUUCCGGCGUCAUGUGAAGGGGGCGUCUAGUUUUCCCCCCCUCCUCCCCUACUCUCUCUCUCCCUCUCCAGUCGGGACCCUCCCCCGCCAAGCUUCCCCAGCUUAUCGGCGGCGAGUGUAUGGGGAAAGCGGGCGCUCCCUGUAGCGGCUCCAGCGGGAUAGUGUCAUUCCUCACCGCGGUGCCCUGUUUAUCCUGUAAGCCUCAACCUGCGGCGGACCGGAGGAUGAGCGACCAGGGGAAGGGCUCGGCAUCCACUACUGCCGGGGCCCCGGCUCCCGGGUCGGACACUUACAAAGGCUGGCUAUUUAAAUGGACUAACUAUCUGAAGGGAUAUCAGCGCCGAUGGUUCGUCCUCAGCAACGGCCUGCUGUCAUAUUACAGGACGCAGGCAGAGAUGGCGCACACCUGCCGCGGCACCAUUAACCUGGCCACGGCGCACAUCGACACGGAGGACGCCUGCAACAUCGUGCUCAGCAGCGGCGGGCGCACCUACCACCUGAAGGCCGGGUCCGAGGUGGAGCGGCAGCGCUGGAUCACCGCCCUGGAGCUGGCCAAGGCCAAGGCCAUCCGCAUGAUGCGCGACCAGUCCGAUGACUCGGGGGACGAGGAGCCCGCCUCGCAGUCGGACCGGAGCGAGGUCCAGGGCACGCUGAAGACUCUGGCCAGCAAGCUCGACGACCUGAGCACCUGCAACGAGCUGAUCGCCAAGCACGGCGCGGCGCUGCAGCGCAGCCUGAGCGAGCUCGAGGCGCUGCGCGUGCCCCUGGAGGGCGGCGAGAAGAUCAAGGCCGUCAACGAGCGCGCCACCCUCUUCCGCAUCACCUCCAAUGCUAUGAUCAAUGCGUGCCGGGACUUCCUGGACCUAGCGGAGACGCACAGCCGGAGGUGGCAGCGGGCGCUGCAGUAUGAGCGGGAGCAGCGGCUCCACCUGGAGGAGACCAUCGAGCAGCUAGCCAAGCAGCACAACAGCCUGGAGAGGGCCUGGAGGGCGGCGCCCGCGCUGACCGCCAACACGCCCGCCAACGCGCCCGCCGUCCACAAGGGGAACGAGCGGCCAGUCAAAGGGGAGGCGAGUGACGAAGAUGAGGAUACGGAGUACUUCGACGCCAUGGAGGACUCCCCUGCCUUUAUCACAGUGACUGCCGCUGACCACACCCAGCACAGACGCUCAGUCAGUAACCUCAGUGGGGCGAGUGGAGGCCAUCCUAAUGACUGGAACCAGGAUGACCAUGCGUCCCCCACCUGCAACGACCUAUCAGGGAAAGAGCUCCGCAGGAGGAGGCGGAGCCGCAUCCCAGACAAGCCCAACUACUCCCUCAACCUGUGGAGCAUCAUGAAGAACUGCAUCGGCAAGGAGCUGUCCAAGAUCCCCAUGCCCGUGAACUUUAACGAGCCCCUGUCCAUGCUGCAGCGGCUGACGGAGGACCUGGAGUACAGCGAGCUGCUGGACCGGGCGGCCCGGUGCGAGAGCUCCCUGGAGCAGCUGUGCUUCGUGGCGGCCUUCUCCGUGUCCUCCUACUCCACCACCGUGCACCGCACGGCCAAGCCCUUCAACCCCCUGCUGGGGGAGACCUACGAGCUGGACCGGCUGGAGGAGCACGGGUACCGCUCCCUGUGUGAGCAGGUCAGCCACCACCCCCCGGCGGCCGCCCACCAUGUGAUCUCCCGCCGCGGCUGGACCCUGUGGCAGGAGAUCACCAUCGCCAGCAAGUUCCGCGGGAAGUACCUGUCAAUAAUGCCUCUGGGUGCGAUUCACCUGCAGUUCCACUCCAGCGGGAACCACUACGUGUGGCGCAAGGUGACCUCCACCGUGCACAACAUCAUCGUGGGGAAGCUGUGGAUUGACCAGUCAGGGGACAUCGACAUUGUCAACCACAGGACCAAGGAGACCUGCCAGCUCAAAUUCUCGCCCUACAGCUAUUUUUCGCGGGACGUCCCGCGGAAGGUGACAGGCGUGGUGGCGGACGCCGACGGCCAGGCGCACUACAUCUGUGGCACGGACGAAGUGGAGAGCGCCAUCGCAGAGCACCGGGGCGGCGUGGAGGGCAAGCAGAAGACGCCACCAGACCCUCUGCAACCUCCCUGGAUGUGGCCCCUUGUUCCCCCCCCCCCCCCCCCCCCCAGGGAGAACGCCGAAAACAUGUACUGCUUCUCCGCGCUGGCGCUGACGCUGAACGAGCCGGAGGACGGCGUGGGGCCGACGGACAGCCGCCUGCGGCCCGACCAGCGGCUGAUGGAGGCGGGCCGCUGGGACGAGGCCAACGUGGAGAAGCAGCGGCUGGAGGAGAAACAGCGGGCCGUGAGGAGGAGGAGGGAGGCGGAGGCCACGGACGCGCUGGAGGAAGAGUGCGAUUAUGACUCUGGGCGAGAGUACGAGGGCUACCAGCCGUGUUGGUUCCAGAAGAGGACGGACUCCCUCACGGGGGAGACCAUCUUCGUGUACAAGGGGGGCUACUGGGAGGCCAAAGAGAGACAGGAGUGGAACAUGUGCCCGGAAAUCUUCUGAGCCCUGGGCGUCCCCCCCCACCCCAGCCCGCCCCCGCCAGGGGACUGUGACAUCAUCAGCAGGGGGCGGGGUCUGAGUGGAUCUCCUAGUGCCGCCUGCCCUCAUCACACCGGCCCAGAGACGCCGCGAUGCGAUUCAUUACACACCCCUAACCCUAACCCUAACGCCCCCCCCCCGGCCCACUGACCCACGGACACUGUCUGUGUGUGUGUGUAUGAGUGUGCGUGUGAGUGUGUGAGUGCAUGAGUGAGUGAGUGUGAGUGUGUGCGGGUGUGUGUGUAAGUGUGUGUGCGGGUGUGUGUGUAAGUGUGUGUGUGUGUGUGUGUGUGUGUGCUGUGUGUGGUGUGUGUGUGGGUGUGUGUGUGUGUGUGUGUGUGGUGUGUCGUGUGCGGGUGUGUGUGUAAGUGUGUGUGUGCGGGUGUGUGUGUGAGUGUGUGAGUGUGUGUGUGUGUGCGGACGUUCCAACUCUGAUCACCAGAUCAGUGAGAGGGCCAAUCAGCCACCCACCAAAGCUUCCAGAAAUCAGGUGUUGUCCACACACAGUCCCCACAAUGCACUCCUCUGCCCUCCCCUGGGACACCUCCUGUAUUCUCAGACACAGUGUUACUACGCGGACACAAGUGGACCAGAACCAAUCAAGAGCUCAGUUCUGCGUGACCCCUGUGACACCAGCCAAUCAGCUGGCUCUCGCUGAACAACAGCUGACUCCACGCCUGCAUCCACGGGCCCAGAGGGGGAAAAGAAAUGGGAUUAUUACGGACGGUGUUUUGGGCCUUUUUUUCCGGUUUCUUCCACGGCACUUCAGAACUUGCCCGUUCCGCGUUUGCGUUUUGGCUUUGGGGCCAAACCGUGGCUCCUUCGCCCUGGACAGUGAAAUCAGUCAUUAGACCUUAAACCCGUUUCCCCAUCCUGAGUUUAUUUGAAAGCGGGUGAAGAUUUGAGAGUGUGUGUGUCCCACCCCCCCCCACCCCCCCAAAACUCCCUCUCUCCUGUUCUGGAAUGCCUUCACAAGCUCUCAGCAGUAGCAGAUCUCUCAUUGGUCCCAUCGAGUCAUCCAAAGGCCAAUGAACACUCAACGUUGUCUUUCCAUUAGGUUUGAGGUUUCUACGUUUCGUGGGCUCCACAGGCUAAGUCCACAUUGACCCGUACCUCGUUUCCCAACCACGAUUUGCCCUAUGCACGCCCCCGUGAACUGGAACCACGUUUUACUUUUAAAAUUACGGUCUCACGCGAGGCACCGAAUGAUUAGCUAGCUGGGACCUCUUGUGUGUUCAGAAGCCUUUGUGGGUUCAGUCAACCGCUACAGUGUACCAGUGAGUUACAAACACGAGACUGUGAUUGUCAGAUUCCUCGGACUGUUCACGUAAGUACACACACAUAUAUCCUACACUCAGCUCAACACCCAUUUACAGUGCUAUUUAGUUUCUACUGCCUUGUGUGUACGCAUAUUUCUACAGAAGGAAUUUCGUCCAAAGGUCAUAAUCACGUCCUCAUAAAACACUGUGGACGGCUUCACCGUUUAGAAGAUUAAUGUAUCCAGUGCUGGUAGGCUGUGGCAGCCAUUUUGCAAAUGCUGAAUUUGCGUUGAUAUAUUUACAUUUCACCCUUUGGCAGUGAAGCCCUGAGACUGCAGGAGAGUUACGGGCCCCUGGGGUGACGGGGUCCCCACUUGGGACAUAUUUGUGUCAGAGGUGCACAGCGGCCCUCAGGGGCCCCCCUUUGGGGCAGCUCUUUGUUUGGGGCGUAAUGAGCACCAGCCAUUAAAGCGCAUUUGGGGCGAUUGGGGCUCUCAGGCACUGGUCCAGUCGCCCCACACAACCCUAGAACUGAACUUAAUGAGUUUAGGGGGUUGGGGGUGGGGGGGGAGGGUCACCCCACACAACCCUAGAACUGAACUUAACGAGUUUAGGGGUUGGGGGGCGGGGGGGGGGGGGGGGGCGGGUGCAUCCAAGGUCGGAGCGCAUGUGGACUUUGUCGAACUAGAACCGGAAUUUAAGAACCUGAUUCUUCCACACUGAAGGAGGUUUGGGGGGUCACGUACGCAGGGUGUGGGUGUGUAUUUCCUCACUUGCUGUUCAGAAUGUAGAGAAACUGGCCAAACACAAACGUACCCUCCGUCGAGCACUCCUGUAUGAAUAUUUUGUUACAAGAAUAACCUUAUGAGUAAAUAAGAUUUUAAAACAUGGUAAAAAUGAUUAAUAUUGAUAUAAUGCUGUACAUAACUUAAAAUAUGUAGUUUUAACUAAUUUAAUAUUUUAAAUGCACAUUUUAAUCCAAAAUUUAUUUGCCAGCUGAAUCUGACCCACCCUUUGUUUUAUGGCCUUAAGUAAUUUGUAUUGAGAAAAUAUCUAGCCAGACACGGGGGAAAAAAUACAUUUUUAAUUUAAUUUCUUUAACCUUUGGAUCGUUUGCUCCAAGUGGCAGGUGCAUGUUCACAAACACUUGUUAGCAGAGGACUUUUGGUUUGAUCCGUUGGUUUGCUGGUCGGUGUUCAUUGAGAGAAGGUGGUUUCAACGUUUGGGAAGGAAUGUAGUGACUUAAAACCGUUGGAGAGACACAGCCGAGCGUUGGACGGUGGGGAGAGGCGGCGACACGUGGAAGGUUUUCAGCAAAAUACAAAAACUGUCCUAUCAGAAUCUCUGAAAGGACAGAGUGUGUGCCCCUCCCCCCCGUGCUGAAUGUAAUCCAAAAUUUUAGCAGAGAUGUAUUGGCAAAUGGAUGUUGUCUCGAGAGAGAGAGAGAG